UCGAUCGAUCUGCCACUUUUGAUUUACCACUGACACCGUCUUUCAAUCGCCUUUCGACGCAUGAUCCAUCCAUUGGUCUUUAGAUCAUAGCCCUCUUUAAUCUCCUCUGAUCAGGAUCCCCUCUUGAUUGCCGGUGCCUUGCUUCUCAACUUGAAAGGGGCAAAGUGCUCAAUAAAGGUGAUCAGGCAGCUUCUUUCUGAAAGAACUCAGCUGCAGCUGAAGCUGAAGCGGAGCUUCAUAUCCCUUGCUCUCUGACAAAGGCACAGUACGGUUCGGCUAUCUUAGCUUGCUAGUGGCUUCGAUCAGGCAGGCCGCCGAUUGAUUCUGUCGACGUCUCUGGUAUACCUUCCUUCUCACCGGGGUCACCGCCGGCGCGCCCGCGGAGCAGGCUUUGCUUCCCUGUGACUCUGUGAGGCUUCCCACGAUCCCUCUGCAGCACGGCCACGGCCAUUUACCGCCAACACAUGCUUCUUUGUCCUUUGCAGUUGUAGUUGCUUGUACGCCUUGCAUGUGUGCCGAGCUUCUAGAUACCAUAUAAGUGCUCGCGCCAUUGUUACUGAACCGUAGUGUUGGACUUGCAACCCAGCUUCUGAAGUUCCUACAAUCCUUGGAACAGUUCGGAGCACGUACGUCGGUGCAAGGGUCAAGGGCUCAGUGGCGAGGAUGAGCGGGCACGGAGACCCACACCACGAGGACUUUCAGCUCAAGGACACGAACCCGCUGCUCGGCGAGCAAUGGCCCAAGGGCGCGGCAGGGCCGGCGCGUCCGUCCGGAGGCGGCGGCGGCGGGCUCGCCGGGUGGCUGGGCGUGGACAAGCCGUCGAGCACGUAUGACCUGGUUGAGCAGAUGUUCUUCCUCUACGUUCGCGUGGUGAAGGCCAAGGAACUCCCCCCGAACCCCAUCACCGGCGCGCCCAUGGACCCCUACGUCGAGGUCCGGCUCGGCAACUACAAGGGCACGACGCGGCACUACGACCGCCGCGCCAACCCGGAGUGGGACCGGGUGUUCGCCUUCUCCAAGUCCCGCGUCCAGUCCAACGUCCUUGAGGUGUUCCUCAAGGAUAGGGAGAUGCUCGGCCGCGACGACUACGUCGGAAAGGUGACGUUCGACCUCGCCGAGGUGCCCACGCGGGUGCCGCCCGACAGCCCACUGGCGCCGCAGUGGUACCGCCUCGAGGAGCGCCGAGGGGACGGCAAGGUGCGCGGGGAGCUCAUGCUCGCCGUCUGGAUCGGGACGCAGGCCGACGAGGCGUUCUCGGAGGCUUGGCACUCAGACGCCGCGGCAGUGCGCGGCGAGGGCGUGGCGAGCGUGCGGUCCAAGGCGUACGUGUCGCCCAAGCUGUGGUACCUCCGCGUCAACGUCAUAGAAGCGCAGGACGUGCAGCCGCAGCAGGCCCGCGGCCGCGCGCCUGAGGUGUUCGUCAAGGCGCAGGUGGGCAACCAGAUCCUCAAGACCUCCGUCGUGCCAGCGCCGACGCUGAACCCGCGGUGGAACGAGGACCUGUUGUUCGUCGUCGCCGAACCGUUCGAGGAGCAGCUGGUGCUGACGGUCGAGGACCGGGUGUCCCAACGCAAGGACGACCUCCUCGGCCGCGUCGCGUUGCCUCUCACACUCUUCGAGAAGCGGCUCGACCACCGCCCCUUCGUGCAGUCCCGGUGGUUCGACCUCGAGAAGUUCGGCGUCGGUGCCGCCAUCGAGGGUGAGACACGGCGGGAGCUCCGCUUCGCCAGCCGUGUCCACGUCCGCGCCUGCCUCGAGGGCGCCUACCACGUCAUGGACGAGUCCACCAUGUACAUCAGCGACACCCGCCCCACGGCGCGCCAACUCUGGAAGCCGCCCGUCGGAGUGCUCGAGGUCGGCAUCCUCGGCGCCGCUGGGUUGCAGCCCAUGAAGAACCGGGACGGCCGUGGUACCACCGACGCGUACUGCGUCGCCAAGUACGGCCAGAAGUGGGUGCGCACGCGCACCAUGAUCGGCACCUUCAGUCCCACGUGGAACGAGCAGUACACGUGGGAGGUGUUCGACCCUUGCACGGUCAUCACCAUCGGCGUCUUCGACAACUGCUACCUCGGCACCGGUAACGGCAACGGAAACGGCGGUGGCCCGCCGGCGAGAGACGCACGCAUCGGCAAGAUCCGCAUCCGCCUUUCGACACUGGAGACCGACCGCGUGUACACGCACGCAUACCCGCUGAUCGCGCUGCAGCAGUCGGGGGUCAAGAAGAUGGGCGAGCUUCGGCUUGCUGUGCGCUUCACCUGCCUCUCGCUCAUCAACAUGGUGCACCUCUACACGCAGCCGCUUCUCCCUAAGAUGCACUACUUGCACCCCUUCACUGUGACGCAGCUGGACGCGCUCCGGUACCAGGCCAUGGGCAUCGUGGCGGCGCGGUUGGGGCGCGCGGAGCCACCGCUGCGGCGGGAGGUCGUCGAAUACAUGCUCGACGUGGAGUCCCACAUGUGGAGCAUGCGGCGGAGCAAGGCCAACUUCUUCCGCGCCGUGUCACUCUUCUCCGGGGCGGCCGCCGCGGCGCGGUGGUUCAACGACGUGUGCCACUGGAAGAACGUGGCGACGACGGCGCUGGUGCACGUCCUCCUGCUCAUCCUCGUGUGGUACCCGGAGCUGAUCCUCCCCACCGUGUUCCUCUACAUGUUCAUGAUCGGGCUGUGGAACUACCGGCGGCGGCCGCGCCACCCGCCUCACAUGGACACCAAGAUGUCGUGGGCCGAGGCGGUGCACCCCGACGAGCUGGAUGAGGAGUUCGACACGUUCCCGACGUCGCGGCCCCAGGACAUGGUGUACAUGCGGUACGACCGGCUGCGGAGCGUGGCCGGGAGGAUACAGACGGUGGCGGGUGACAUGGCCACGCAGGGGGAGAGGCUGCAGUCGCUGCUCAGCUGGCGCGACCCGAGGGCGACGUGCCUGUUUGUCGUCUUUUGCCUCGUCACGGCCGUGGUGCUCUACGUCACGCCGUUCCGGGUGGUAGCGCUCGUCGCCGGGCUGUACGUGCUGCGGCACCCGCGGUUCCGGAGCAGGCUGCCCGCCGUGCCCAGCAACUUCUUCCGGCGGCUGCCGUCGCGCGCGGACAGCAUGCUCUGAACAACCCGUCGCGCGCGCGAGUCCUUCCGUUUUCAGAUUGCUCUGUUCAUCCAAAAAGAACGCUUGAUUUCGUUUCCUUUUUAAUUUUUUUUAGUGUGUAAGCUGCUAAGUUUCAGCGCCUUGAGAUUUGACGACGUUCGAGUGUAACUAUGUUUGUCUCAAGAAUAAGAAUGAGUGCGUGUUCGGAUUUCGGAAGCACAAGAAU